GACAUUUCUUCAGAGCGGAACUUUGUUCAUUGAAGUCAGAUAUUUUCACCUAUUUCAUGUAAAGGCAUACAGCUGGCAGGUAUUGUACUGUCCUGAGCGGGUGAGGAAUGUACGCCAUUCAGACAUCCUUUCGGGAAUCUAUGGAUGGCGAUGAAAAGGAAGCAGAUUUGGAUACGGAUGAGGGAGCACUAGAUGAAGGAAAAACGCCGCGGCAAACCAAUAGCUAUUACUGCCUCUAUUUGUACAGUUGCAACAGGUCUCGACCAGAAGCUGAUAAUGAAAGUGGAAGCAACACCAGAACUACUAGUACCAGUGAAGUCGGUACUCAAGAUGGUUUCAGCCUUUCCCUCUCCGACACUAAUUUACCUGCGGCAGCUGAGCCAGAGUUGCAGAGUGUCAUUGCUAAAAGACUUGGUAAAGGAACCAUUUUUGGAGGAAUUGGACAUGUUGUUUCAGUAGAGCUAAGCGUCCCAGAGCAGACUGUUGGCUGUUAUUACUGUCUUUUACAAGAUUUAUAUCCCAAGGAACCAGAAACCAAAGAGGUCAUUCCAGACUAUGUCAUCUGUUUUCUAGGUGGUACAGAGAAGGGCCUUGAACUAUUCAGGCUUGAACUAGAUAAAUACACUCAAGGUCUACAAAGUUACUUAAACCCGGAGAUGAACAACUUAGAAUCUUGUGUCAGACCAUAUCUAACAAAGUGGUUUGAAGAAUGUGUAUUACAUGUUCAGAGGGUUGCAGAGCUCUUUCAAACAAAAAUUUCUAUUUUACUACAUGCGGCAUUGAGUUACACUCCAGUUGAAGUCCAGGGAAAUGAUGACAGAAUAAAGAAGGAUAUUGACAGGUUCUUAAAUGCUGCCAGUCUACAGGGCCUGCUUCAUGAAAGCACCAUGGCAUCUUUAAGCAAAGCUGUCUCAGAAGAACAGCCAAAUACUGUAUUGAUUGACUGUACAACACCACAACCUCAGUUUCAAAAUGCAGGAAACAACAGGUUUUGUGAAGAAUGGGUACAGUCAUUUGUACAUGGAGCUGAAAGUAGCAAUCCAUUCCUUUUGAGGCAGAUACUUGAAAACUUCAAACUCAAGGCCAUACAAGAUAUGAACAAUCUGAAGCGAUUUCUUCGUCAAGCAGAAAUGAACCAUUAUGCUUUGUUUAAGUGCUACAUGUUCCUGAGGAAUUGUGGCAAUGCAGACGUCCUGCUUCAGAAUGUGAAGGUUGAGAAUGCUGAAAUGCCAGAGGCAAAAAAUGUGGUAAAUGUCCUCGAAGAUUUCAUGUAUGAACAAGGAAUCAAAACUCCAAGUGUCUAGCCCUCUUUACUUUUGAGUUCUGGUGUUCUAUUUUUCAUCAUACCCAUCAAAAGAUAGCAUGAAUCUGAGAGUCAGCAUGUUUUGUGGCAGCAUUGCUGCUCUUGUCACUAUAGGUGACUUGCUGUACUGAUUGUGUUACAGUGGAGCUGAUUCUAUGCUGUGGGCAGAAAGUACAUGGUAAAGACUUGCAGAAAGAAAGAAAAAUACUCAAAGGUAGAGUAAAGCAUCUAGAAAUGAAAGCAAACCGAUGUUGAAAGGACAAUUUCAGUAUUGUAGAGAAGCUAUAGGAAAGAGCUGAGAGUACCAGCUGAAAUAUAAGUUAAACAACAGAGGAAUAGCUGUAUGUUGGCAUUGGUGUAGAUCAACAAAGGCAAGUUGACUGUAAUCACUGAAGGUCAAGUUCAGAUUUAAAAAAAAGUAGAUGGUGUCAAACAGAAAAGGUGAGGCUAGGGAGAUGGGGCACAGCUUUCAUAUGUACAAAUAUUUGCAAGUGGGUGCAUUGGGUAAGGAUUGAAGUAUUUCUGAAGUGGUUUCCUUACUUUAAAUGAAACUAUAAUGACAAAUAGUAUGUGCAUGUGUAAUGGCUUGGUAAAUGACUGUUUAAUUGUCAUGCAUCUUAGUGCUUUAUGCAGCAUUUAAAAC